AUGUUGCUGUCAGCUCACCAACUAAGUGCGAGUGUGACUUGCUGGGCCCAUUUUCCCAUGGUCUGUAGAAGGCGCUGUGAAGCACAUCCUGUUCUAGCUCGGGGGCCCUUCCCCCCUCUGCAGCCUUACCCAGUGCAGAGAAUGCGCCCCCUACUGACUCCAACACUCAUCGCCUUUAGCCGACUUGGCUGCGGUGCAUUUUGGCCAGGCUGGCUGCUGGCCUCGGUGGGCUCACGGGGCGGAGAAGGGGGUCGGGCUGCAGGAGGAGGCGCCUGGCCCUCCAGAGCAGAGCCGGGUAGCGGUCCGUGCCGGGACUGGCGGCCCGUCGGCGCCGGGGUGUGCAAAGAAGCGUGUGUGCGGCUGGAGGGCGGCGAUGCGAACAACAAUGCGCCCGCGCCCGGGGCCGGGCUGGGCAGACGGCCGCGCGGGCCGGGGUCGGGAGGCAGGGCUGGGCCGCGGGUCCGCGCGCGGCGGCGCCAGGCUUACCUUGACUCGGCCUCAAGGCGCGCGUGGGGCCGGCGUGCUCGGGGGCCGGACGGCGGCGGCGGCGGGCGGAUGGCGGCGGCACGGCGGUGGCGGCAGCGGGGAGGGCGCGCCCGGGGCCUCGUCGCGCUCCGGCUCGGCGGGCUCCGGCUCGCGCCGCGGCCGCGGGUGCUGCCGGGGGGCGCGGCGGGCGCAGCAGAGCGGCGGGCGGCGGCGGCGUCGUCGAGCGGUGCAGACAAAGGAGGGGCGGAGGGAGGAGACGGAGGGUGUGGGAGAGGCGGCUUCACCGGCGCGGGCGGCGGCGGCCGCGCUCCUCUCGCUCCUCAGCAGCGGGGACCGAGAGAGGGAGCUGUGUCUGAGAAGACGCCAAAAUCCCCCUUAGCGCUGCCUGCGGGAGUGGGAGGGGGCACAAGAUGGCGGCGGCCGGGGGGGGCGGGAGUUCAGCUCAUGGAUCCCGGCGGGCGGCGGAGGGGAGACCGGGCCAGCGGAGGCGGCGGCGGCAACAGGCGGGGGAGGGGGGCUGAUCCCGCGUCUCCCCUCAGCAGACAAUACAAGCGCCUCGGACCGAGUCCCCGAACCUGCCCCAGCCAAAAUGGCGGCCGAGAAAGAGAGGAAGUGACACAGGGUCUCACUCUGUUGUCCAGGAAUGAUCACAGGUCACUGCAGCCUUGACCUUUCAGACUCAAGUGAAUCUCCCACCUCAGCCUCCCAAGUAGCUGGGACCACAGGUGAGUACCACCACACCCAGCUAAUUUUUUUAUUUUUUGUAAAGACAGGAUCUCCCUGUGUUCUCCAGGCUGGUCUCCAACACCUGUGGCUCAAGCUGUCCUCUUGCCCUGGACUCCCAAAGUGCUGGGAUUAUAGACAUGAGCCACUGUGCCUGGCCUCAAUAAAUUUCUUCAGCAGCCAAAUUAAGCCAGGAAAAUGUAGUAAUCAGGAAUAUUGUUCAAUAAAUAAUUUAGAGACACCCCUUUUAUUUGCAAAAGAAAGUCAACUUAAACUAAUUUUCUCAAAGCAUGCCCUUACUCAAAUUUUAAAAGAUACUACAUGAUCCAUAACCUAUGCUACAGUUAGAAAUUAACUGAUCUCUUCUGAAAUACUUUAGAGAGAGUAGAUAAACGUAUUAUUAGCCCUGGCUUUAUUGGAUAGCUUAGCCUGUAUUUUAACUGGCAGAAGUGCUUAAGGAAGAGAUUUUUCAUAUUAGUAGAGAUGUGAGCUUUGCUGAGGGUCUUCAAAUAAUAUGAAAACAAUUCUUUUGAGAAAAAAAUUGUUACGCUGGGCUUGGUGGCUCACAUCUCUAAUCCCAGCACUUUGGGAGUCCAAGGUGGGUGGAUGACAAGGUCAGGAUAUCAAGGUGAUCCUGGCCAACACGGUGAAACCCCAUCUCUACAUAAAAAAAGAAAAAAGUUAGCCAGGCGUGGUGGCGUAUGCCUGUGAUCCUAGCUACUUGGGAGGCUGAGGCACUUGAACCCACAGGCAGAGGCUGCAGUGAGCCAAGAUCGCACCACUGCACUCCAGCCUGGGAGACAGAGCAGGACUCCAUCUUAAAAAAAAAAAAAGAAAAAAAGAGAGAGAAACAAAUUGUUACAUAAUUCAGUAAGAUGUUUAAAAAUUACUGUAGCAGCUAUGUUUCUGCCUCA